AUGAAGGUUUCAUUAAAAACAUUAAUUAAUGUCUCAAAAGCAUCAAUUAAUAAUGGUACGCAAAAUAGUGAUGAGGUUAAGGAAGAACCUGUUAAAUGUAGUUUGGUGAUGGAAAGGGAUUUGGAAGAAGCAGACGAGAUUAUUGACGCCUCGAAGGAGUUUGAAAACCCAUACUUCAAGUCAAUGAUGUACAUCAAAUACUAUGAAUGCUCAGUGUGUAAAAAGGAAUUUACUAACCAAACCACAGCAUUAUUGCAUGAAAACACACAUAAUAGUAAUUCCCAAAAACAAUUAGUUGAUGACCUCGAGGAGAAAAGAAAAGAAGGAAUGGAUAAAAAGAUAAAAAUAAUGAGUAUUGAAGAUAUAGCAGAAGAGGAUAUUAAGAAACCAAUUAGACGAUUUUACGUACCAUUAAUUAGGAGUGAAACGGUAAAGUAUAUCGACGUUGAGAACAAAAGCGUUUAUGUGGAUCCUUAUACCAUAUUUAUAGGGGAAGACAAAUAG